GACAUAUUCCUCUCUUAGCUGUGUUACGUAAGGCUUCCUGUGUUAGUUUCUAGUUUUCAUUGUGUUCUUUCAGUUUCUUGAUUAUAAAAAUAAUGCACAUGAAUCCAUACAUCUCACGACACAUCAGCCCUGUUAUAGGAUACUCGGCCGCACAAGAAUCCAGCGGCUUUUCUAAUGGACCCUGGCCAGAAUUUCACUCAGUGCUGACAUUCAACAUCGAUCCUGUGUCUUGGAAGUACUUCACAAGAAACAAUGAUGUUGGCUUUGGCUAUAGAGUGAUACAGGUGGAUACAUCUAGUUUUCUUGUGAGUGAUCCUUUAGUACAAUAUAGCCAUAACAAAAGAGGACAAGUUUAUAGCUGUGGCAUUUCACAGGAAACUUGCCUGCCAGUGACAAUUAAUGUGCCCUCUGAAGCUGUUAACAUGUCUCUUGGACUUUCUAUGACUAAGGAUAUACAAUCUUCUAAUUCAGUGGUUUGUGGUCCAACCAUUCCUAAGGACUGCAAAGUGCUUACUACCCUCAACGGUAUGUGUUUUAUCGUGAACGGAAGCAAUGCAGUGAGUGCACCUAUACCAAGUGCUUUAAGAAGCUGCCCUCUAAAAAUAGACAUCGCUUUUCUAAUAGAUGGCUCUGGGAGUGUAGAAGAAGUAGAUUUUGUUAAAAUGAAAACUUUUGUCAUAACAAUAAUCCAGAGUUUUUCCGACUGCAGUUCUCAGUUUGCCAUCGCACAGUUCUCCACUGGUUUUGAAAUUCACUCCAAGUUCGAAGCAGUCAAUGACAUUGAUUCAUGGAGGACAAUAAUAGGUGGCAUUGAACAGCAAAAAGGAUUGACCUACAGUGCAAAGGCUAUAAAUAAACUUGUGGAUGAGCUCUUCGUAACUGAAGGAGGGGCGAGGCAAUCAGCAAUUAAAAUCCUAAUUGUUAUUACUGAUGGUAGAUCAAAUGAUGAACCUUAUCUCAGAGGUGCUGUUGAAAAGGCAGAAAAGAAGAAUAUUAUCAGAUUUGCUAUUGGCAUCGGUGAAGCUUUUGAUGAUGCCGAAACAAAGCAGCAGUUACAUGUUAUUGCAUCUGCUCCUCUUGCUAAGUAUGUGUUCAAUGUGACUGACUUUGACGCAUUGGACAGCAUCCGUGAACAACUGGAAGAAAACAUUGCUAUUGAAGGUGUCCAGUCCACUGGCAGUUCUGCCACAAUGGAGUUUGCUCAGGAUGGAUUUACUGCCGUGUUUACAUCCAAUGAAAGCCUGAUCGUGAGUUCUGUCGGAGCUUUCCAGGGGAAGGGUGGAUAUCAGGAACACUAUCAGUCCCAACACUAUGGCCAUUCAUCAGACUUCCAAGUGGGAAGUGAGGAAGAUAGUUAUUUUGGUUAUUCAAUGACAAUAGCAACACGGUCUAAAAAGAGGCUUGUCAUUUUGGGAGCACCAAGAUACAGGCAUAAAGGACAAGUGAUGAUUUCAAUAAUUGGAAAUAAUGCAACCAACCUGCUGGUGGAUUCACCCAAGCCUCAGAUUGGAUCAUACUUUGGAGCCGAGGUCUGUGUGGUUGAUCUGAACUCUGACACAAAAACAGAUCUACUAUUAAUAUCCGCACCAACCUACGUAGACUCUCAUUCUGAAGGCAGAGUUUUUGUGUACUUUUACUCUCGGCAGCCAUACUUCACUUUCUCUGUGGCGCUGAUGGGAAUGGCAGGUCACAGGGGUCGAUUUGGCUCUUCUCUGGCCAGUCCAGCAGAUCUGAAUGGUGAUGGUUUCAGGGAUGUGCUGAUUGGAGCUCCUUUAGAGGAGGACAGACAGGGCACCAUCUAUAUCUUCAAUGGAGGAGUAGAUCAAAUAAAUCCCACAUAUUCUCAGAGAAUUACUGGAUCAUCUGUACGCUCAGGUUUACAGUUUUUUGGACAAGCUCUGAGUCAGUCCUCCUUAGAUCACAGUGGAGACAGUCUACCAGACAUUGCUGUUGGAUCAAAAGGAGCUGUUGUGCUUCUUAGAUCUAGACCCAUAAUGCUUGUCGAUGUGAAAGUAACAUACAGCCCAUCAAAAAUCUCAACCAGUCAAACAAACUGCACCAAGCCACUGGAAAACACCUUGACAGUAUGCUUCAACAUGAGUGGAUACAAACAUGCUAUAACAGAUAUGAGUGGAAGCAUUAGCUAUAUAUUAAAGCUGGAUGCCAAACGAUAUAACCACAGAGCAUACUUCUUGCCCAAAAAUCGUGUCCUCAGUGAUGUUGUAAAUGUUACACUAGAGGAAGUGUGCAAAGACCAUCCAUUCCUCAUAGAGGCUUGCACAGAGGAUCAUCUCAACCCACUGCUUAAUGAAUUAAUGAUCACUUUUGAGGGUCUGCCCUCCCGAAGCCUAGAGAAUUUACAGCCUGUUCUCUUACCAUGGAUAAAAAACACAACAUUGUGGAUGUUAGAUUAUGAAAUGAACUGUGGAUCAGACAACCUUUGUGUUGACAACCUCAAAAUGGACUUUAGCUUUGGAUCUGCUAACAUAGAAGUUGGGAUAAUGCAGGAAAUCAAUGUGACAGUAUUUGUUGAAAACACAGGAGAAAACUCAUACAACACUCAUUUCACCCUCAACUACCCCUCUGGACUUUCCUACAGGAGAAUUAUGUCUCGAAUGGGCAGAGUGAAUUGCCUUUCUACAGAUGGCAUGCAAGGAAUUUUAUUAGGGGAGACCAUCUGUCAGGUCAACAAACCUCUUUUCGCAGGAAACACUUCUGCAGUGUUUGAUAUUAUUUACAGUAUUAAUAAACAAAGUAAUUUUGACCAAAAGGUGACAUUGAGUGCAUCUCUUACCAGUGGCAAUACAAAUCACUCUGAAAGCAGUGAACUGUUGAAAAUUAAAAACAUAAGUGUAAAACAUGCUAUCUAUGUUGCCUUGUUGAGACAUACAGAUUCCAGCCUUUACAUCAAUUUCACAAGUGGGAAGAAUAAUCUUGAAAAACCACUAAAACAGAUAUUGGAGGUGAAGAAUGAGUUUAGAGAGCUAAAUUUAACAGUUUUCAUUAGAGUACCUGUAAAACUGGGAGUUGAAAACAUCUGGACUAAUAAAAACUUACAGAUUCCAGAUUGCUUCAAGGAAAGAGAUGAGCAGCCCACCUUGACCAAUUUUCUGAAAGUGCUCAAAAAGAAAAAUGUCUUGAAUUGCUCUGUGGCGGUGUGUGCAGUUUUCAGGUGUGAUGUGAAUCUAAUGAGAAAUGAAAGGAGGUUCUAUAAUAUUUCCAGCAACUUGAGCUCUGGGUGGAUUGAGCAGAUUGGGAUUAGGUCUGCAUCUUUUCAGUUGGUCAGUACAGCAUCUAUGGAUUAUGAUGAGGAUAAAUAUAUAUACUUCUCUGAUUCCCUGGGCUCUGUGUCAGUAUGCGAGUUAAGCACUCAGGUGGAGGUCUAUGAGGAAUUCAGCAUCCUAAAGGAGGUCACUGGAGGAGUUAUUGGAGGAGUGCUGAUCAUGUCACUCAUCACAGCUGCCCUCUAUAAGAGUGGUUUUUUUAAAAGAAAGGCCAAGCAACACAGGAAGGAUCCAACCCAAGAUACUGAUGAAGUGGAAAAUCUAAAUGAAAAUUAAUGCAGAAUUUAUUAAUUACAAGUCAGAUUCCAAAAAAAUUUAGACACUGUACAACAAUGUGGAAGUUUCAAAAUUCUAUAUUUUAUUCAGAAUACAACAUAGAUGACACAUCAAAUGUUUAAACUGAGAACAUGUAUAAUUUUGAGGGAAACAUAAGAUGAUUUUAAAUUUCAUGGCAUCAACACAUCUCAAAAAAGCCAUGUUUACCACUGUGUGGCAUCCCCUUUUCUUUUUAUAUCUUCCUCUUUAUGAGGCUUUAUGAUGAGGAGAAAUAUCUGGACUGCAGGCUGGCCAUUUCAGUACCCGGAUCCUUCUUCUACGCAGCCAUGAUAUUGUAAUUGAUGCAGCAUGUGGUCUGCCAUUGUCAUGUUGAAAAAUGCAAGGUCUUCCCUGUAAGAGACAAUGGCAGGAUGGGAGCAUAUGUUGUUCUAAAACUUGGAUAUACCUUUGAGCAUUGAUGGUGCCUUUCCAGAUGUGUAAGCUGCCCAUGCCACACGCACUCAUGCAACCCCAUACCAUCAGAUAUUCAGGCUUCUGAACUUAGCGCUGAUAACAACUUGGGUUGUCCUUGUCCUCUUUAGUACGGAUGACAUGGCGUCCCAGCUUUCCAAAAAGAACUUCAAAUUUUGAUUCGUCUGACCACAGAACAGUUUUCCACUUUGCCGCAGAGAUAUAUAUAUAUAUAUAUAUAUAUAUAUAUAUAUAUAUAUAUAUAUAUAUCAUUUUUGGCUCUUUUUUUUACUGUAUAGGUUUGCUUGAUAUGAUAAAUGGUAAAAGUAGAGAUUUCAAAGCAGUAGAUUCAAUUAAAGUUAAAUAAACACUCUGGAAGGGAGAUGCAAUUUUGCAACAUGAUCUCAAUAUAAUUUGUAUGUAUUUGACAUAAAAUGUCGUUCUACAAUACGUACAUUUACUUACGUUUUUAGAGGCAUUAAAGCGUACAAUACUAACUUAUUUUAAUAAUCUAAACAUACAAAUACUUAUGUUUUUCAGCAUUUAAAUUUACAAAACUUACUUAUUGAUGACACCUAAAAAGGAAUCCUUAUAAAUAUUGAAAUCGGUGCAUUAAUUGUAUUAUUAUUGUUGUUUUUAGUUGUCAUUUCAAUGACAUUAUGUGUUCAGUUGCAUUAUUAAAUUGUUUACUCAUUUACUUUAUAUGAAAUAAUAUUUUAUUUUGUUUUGUGUGAUAGCAACCAGGUUGUUUCCAAGAAUAGCUUACAUAAUGUUAAACAAGACAUGACUUUAAACCCUUAAAAUGAAUACAAUUUCUGCAAUCAUUUAACCUUUAUUUGUCAUGUUACUUUGUUUUUGUUGGGCAAAAGAACUGGCAAUAGAACUAUAAAAUACACCAAAAAAAAAAAAAAAAAAAAACGUAAGCAGAAAAGCCCAUGGUGACUGACAUGC